UUAAUAUCACCACCACCCCCUGGCCGACUCAAUCCUGCCCCCGCCGCCUCCAGCUCGCCGGCGCAGUCACCCGUUCCUCACUCCACCCGCAAGCCACGGCCGCCAGCAUGCAGCGCUCCAGCUACCCGCAGCAGCCGCCGGCGCAUUCACCACCGCUGCACCACCCGAUCCCCCAGCACGUCUCGACGGUCCCACAGCUGCGCUCCCCGCCGCCGCCCCCCUCACAACCCCAGAGCGGCUAUGGCUACGGCUCGCAGGGCGGCGGCAUGCCCCAGCAGCAGGGCAGCGGCUUCGGCCAGCACCCGGCCUUUGGCGGCUUCAUCAACGACCCCAGCGCCCAGCUGGGGCUGCAGAUGGGCCAGACGGCCUUCAACGCCGGCCAGCAGUACAUUGACCAGAACAUCGGCAAAUACGUCUCCGUCGGCGCCCUCAAACACUACUUCAACGUCUCCAACUCGUACGUCCUCGCCAAGCUGCGCAUCAUCCUGUUCCCCUGGUGGCACAAGCCGUGGUCGCGCCAGCAGCAGCACACCACCGACCCGACCGCCGCGGGCGCCACUCUGUACCUGCCGCCGCGCGAGGACCCAAACUCGCCCGACAUGUACAUCCCCACCAUGGCGCUCGUAACGUACAUCCUGCUGUCGACGCUCCUCGCGGGGCUGCGCGGCGCCUUCCACCCAGAGCUGCUGGGCUACACGGCCUCGGUCGCAGUCGCCGUCAUGGGCGCCGAGGUGCUGGUCCUCAAGACGGGGACGUACCUGCUCGCCAUCACCUCGUCGUCGCAGCUGCUCGACCUGGUGGCCUACAGCGGCUACAAGUUCGUCCACGUCAUCGUGUCGCUGCUGCUGUCGCACACCUGCGCGUCGCUCGGCAUCGGCGGCUCCUGGCUCGCAUGGGCCAUCUUCGCGUAUUUCUUCAGCGCGAACGCGUUUUUCCUGCUGCGCAGUCUGAGGUACGUCCUGCUGCCGGACCAGAGCGCGCAGGCGGGCUUCGGCGCCGCGCCGGGCGGGUUCACGGGCGCAAAGGCGCAGCGGAAUCGCCGCACGCAGUUCUUGUUCGUGUAUAGCUAUUUGGUGCAGGCUGGGUUUAUGCUGUGGUUGAGCAAGGUGUGAGGGGGGGCGUGACAGGGGCUUCAGCGGCGACAGGAGUCCCAGCGACAGGAGAGUCUCAGCAACGAUGACAAAAGCGCAGAGAUACCAGAAGCGCAGGAGAAGCAUUGGGAGCGCAGGCGAAGACACCGCGGGAGACUCGUGGAGAGCGUAGGACUCCAUGACAAGUGCAUACGCAUCCACGCCAGCGCGCAUCUUCUUUCACGCAUACAAGCGCGGCGCACAAGCAUGCAGAUUACAAUACAAUACAAAUACAACCACAAAUUCUACGAUAAACACACUCGUUCAAAAACCACACUCAUCCACCCCUCUGCCCGCCCUGAGCAG